AUGGGUGAAGGGGUGCAGAACAACGAAACCAUUGUUACUUCUACUCUUGAAACUUCAACCAUUCCCACUUCUACAGUUGAAACCUCCACAUCUUUACCACCUAUUUCAUCACUCAAACAAGCCGAAAAGUUAGCUGUUCAUUCCAAGAAUUUUGACUCCGAGAUUCAAAAGCUUCAGGAUGUUGCAAUGGAACGCGAUCACAUUCUUUUUGAUCAAGUAACGAAACUGAGGGAAUCUGUGGAUCUCAAAGUUGCUAAACUCAAAUCUGAGAUGUCAAAAGAGUCAGAGCUUGAUCAAGCCAUCGAAUUGGUUUUUCAAUUGCAAACUGAUGCUCCACAUGCGGUGCAAGUAUCACAAGGGGGAGAGAAAGGAUUUGGAGGAGUUGGUUCCUCAAAAGAUUUUGAGAAAGGGGUUGUUGAGAAAGUAAGGUCAACUCAUAUUCUGACUUUACUUCCCAUAUCGUUGACAACAACUUUUACAAUAACAACUAUAAGAGCACCUACACAAGGGAUAUCAAUAAACGAAGGGGCUGGAGUUUUCAUAAACAACUACUAUGAUUACUUCGCAAUCAUGGAUAUUGAGCUUGCUUUAGCUGCCAAGAAGCCUUCGAAAGCCCCUCAAUCUUUGUUGAAAGCAAAGAUUAAUAUUGAUAAGUAUGAAGAUGGUGAGAUAAUACAUCAGCCUCUUGGGGAUGUGUUUUGA